AUGUACGAGCUAUUCCUCACCGCACUGGUCGAGGACAGCGACAUCAACACGGCCCUCGCUGUUUUGAGCGGCUUCUGUUCCAUGCAGCCAUGGGAGUCUAUCAGCCGCGUUCUUUAUUUCCAGGGCCCUCCUCGACCAUCCGGCAUCACCAACCAGCGCUCCUUUGAGAAACCCAUGCGCAAAGACUCGGCCCUGCUCUGGAAGGAGUUGCAUCAGAAUCUCUCUCGCCAGUCAUUUGUCCUUCAAGCUCGCUAUGAAAUCCUCAAAGACCGAGACCUAGGCCCCCAAGCCGAAUCAGUCGAUCUGAACCUCGUCCCUGGGAUUCUGAGAUGGACGGAUUUUCCAGAUCCUCCUCGUGGUCAGCCGAUUCUCGCCCAGCGUAAGAAAGUCGAGCUCUGGGAACAGAGAAAGCUGCCGUCUAUACUUCAGGAAAACAACUAUCAGCUCAAGACAGAAACAGUGGAGGAGACGUAUCAGUUCUUUCGCGACGACGUCGAGUUCUGUCUAACUAGGCACUAUUUUGUCGGCCCAAUCGACGACUAUGUUCCUCUUGCAAACAUGCCAGCAGCUCCUACAGGACCAAAAUCGAGUCUGCCGGCCUGGGAAUCCCUGACACAGGUUGAUAUGCAGAGUCGGUGGAUACUGCAGGUCAAGGCGCAUGUCGUGCAGGACAACAAACCAGAUGAAAUCAAGAAAGCACAAGAUCAGCUUCUGAAGUUUCGCGCAGAUCUCGACGGAGUGUUUGACUUCAAGGUGAUUGACCGCAAGGUACACGACACUCGAGUAGCGAUGCAGCAGCAGGGCGUCCAAGCGCUUCCACAAAAAGUACUUUUGGGGAAGUCGUGA